UGCAUUAUAUCUGGAGAAGAUGCUGAAAAAAUGAUUGAGUUCACUCCACUGCAACUAAAGCAAGCACAGGAAGAUGGCUUUGGAAUAGAUACUGAACUUAAUGAUGCCUUGAAAAAAUACACAGUUGUCUGUUUUCUGAAAUCCUAUGAGACUCCCUUCCAAGGUCAAUUGCAGAGAAAGAAUACUGUUCUCAAGGCUUACACUGCAGCUGAACUAUCGCACCAUCCCCUUCCACUGGCACUUCUAGAAAACACUCAAGUUUCUUCUGCACUUGGCAGUUCAUCAGCAAGGCAUCCAGAAAAAUCAUCAAAGGAUCAGAUGUUCACACCAACGACAAAGUUGGUACUUGAAGAAAUUGCUGGAGCCAGUUCUUACAAAGAAGGGCAGACGUCUACAACCAGUGGAGCAAAAAGAAGCCUUGACUUUCCAGAAUAUUUACCAGCAGACACACUUCCUGAACAUGCAACAAAGACUGCUGAACAGUUUGCCAAAGAACCUGCAAAAUCAUAUAGCCCACCUGGCAAUAUGAAGAAUAGUCCAGCAAAGGAAGAUUGAUAUGGUCUAAUUCUGUACUUUUGUUAUAUCUUUUGUUCAUUGCCUUGAUGACUGUCUUGAUUGCUUAGACAAUGCCUUUUGAAUUAUAUUAUGAUCCAUUAUUCUUUUGACUUAAAAAGUAAUGGAUCCUAAUAUAUCUAUGAAUGGUUUAACCAUCAAUGUUGUAAUUCAAUAGGCAAUGAAGCUUAUUUAAACCCCCUAAUAUG